GUAUUGAUUUAUUUUUACGUAAAGUAAAGAAAUUUUUAAGGCGUUGGAGAAGAAGCACGUGACAGAGAGGUUGUUCCGGGGCCAGCGAAGGCGUUGAAUCCGUGUUGCGUGGCGUGCGACCCCCACACCAUAAAUACCAAUCUAUCGUGUGUGGCAUGUCUCACGCCUUCUCCAUCCAAGAAAGAAGAAAAGGGGAAGAAGAAGGAGCAGAGAGAAAGAGAGGAGCCAUUGCAACCCUAACAUCUUAGCUAAACGACUAAACCCUAAUCGUUUAGCUUUUCCUCUCUUUUUCCCUCUCUUCUUCCCCCUCGUUUAUCCUCUCUCAUUCUCCUCGCCAAACCUUCCAGAUCCAAAUACAUCAUGGUUUUCUGGGUGUUUGGCUACGGUUCACUGGUGUGGAACCCUGGGUUUGAUUACGAUGAGAAGAUUGUUGGUUUCAUUAAGGAUUACAGACGCGUGUUCGAUUUAGCGUGCAUUGAUCACAGGGGAACCCCAGAAAGCCCAGCAAGAACUUGCACCUUGGAGGAGAAAGAAGGAGCUAUUUGCUGGGGAACUGCUUAUUGUGUUCGAGGAGGCCCUGAAAGGGAAAAAUUGGCUAUGCAGUAUUUGGAGCGACGGGAAUGUGAAUAUGACAGAAAAACUAUUGUAACCUUCUUCAAGGAAGGAGAUUCACAGCACCCUGCUUUGACUGACGUAAUAGUAUUUACAUCAACUCCAGACAAAGUGAACAACAAAUACUACCUGGGACCUGCCCCACUGGAAGACAUGGCUAGGCAAAUAGCAACUGCGUAUGGUCCUUGCGGAAACAACAGGGAUUAUCUUUUCCUUCUAGAAAAGGCUAUGCAUGAUAUUGGCCAUGAGGAUAACUUAGUGAUAGAGCUUGCGAAUGAAGUGAGGAAAGUACUUGGAGUGGGAAAUGUGCUAACAAAUGUUGCAACAGCUCAACUUCCACACCCUCCUCAUGUAUCCAUACCUUCCCGUCAACUGCAACCACUGCCAGAACCUAUUGUUUUGGAUGGGUGAGUUUUGAGGGGGCUGGUGAUGACCGGAGAAAACUGACGAUGAGUUCGGCAACUACACUGAUUUAGCGGACCCUGCUAACCCUCAUUCAAUUUUCAAGUAACAUCAUAUAGUUAAUCCCCUCUUUUACGGCCAUAUUUUGAAUUGGAAUGUUCGGAGACUUUUGACAUUUACACUGUUAUAAUUUUGAGAAAGGUUAAUCUUUAUAUUUAUUUCGUUCACACCAAUCCUAAAAUACUACCUAGUUAAUACCUAUUCCGAAAUUAAUGAUACUUAUCUUUUGAGCAA